AUGGUCAAAGCAUGUGGGCUAAGCGGCGCGCAGGGACAGGAUUCCACCGACGUUUCAGAAAAAUCCUUGCGUUUGGUGAUACGCACCGCCCGCGCGGUUUCAGCGAAUUCAUGCCGAUCGCUGCAGCACGCAUACCGCAUGGCGGCUUGGCGCGCAGCGAAGAACAAGAACCAUCGAAAAUUCCCCACUGUGCCCGUCCCUGACCCGGUUGCUCUCGGAAGGGCAAGUGUGGACUAG